UUCACACAGAGCGACGAGGACGUGGGUUCCCUACGGGUGACGGAGGCCAUGCUGUGGGUAUACGUAAGGCGUCUCCCAGGGGCACGACACCACGACCCCUCGGAGUCCAAGACGACGCUGUGGGUGUUCCGCAUCCCCCCGGAGGACACCAGAGAGAAUCCCCUCGCGGAGCUGGCGACGUCGCUGCGGGUGACGCCGACGCGGGACGGAUGGCGGCGUCUGAACCUGACGUCGCUGGUGCAGCGGUGGUUCGCGCGCUCCGGCGAGAGGCUGCGGCUGCUGGUGGACUGCAGCAGCUGCGGCGGCGAGCUCGAGGCCCCGCUCUUCACCGCCCGCAAGCACAAGGGCGCACACAAGCCCGGGUCUCGACGGGCAGAAGCCUCGCACCGCCCCUUCCUGGUGGUGCACACGGCGCCCACGCCCUCGCGACGCCUCUCCCGCCGCGCCCUCCAGUGCGACAAGAACACGGAACUGUGCUGCAAGCAGGAACUCUUCAUAUCGUUCAACGAGCUGGGCUGGGACGACUGGAUCAUCGCGCCCCGGGGAUACAAGGCCAACUACUGCAAGGGCUCCUGCGACAGCGUGUACCGCACCCCGGACUCCUUCACGAAUUUCCACGCCCACGUCCUCGAGGAGCUGCAACGGAACCGCCCGGCUGGUACCCUCACGCAGUGCUGCGCGCCCACCAAGCUGUCGCCCAUGUCGCUCAUCUACCUGGACGAGUCCUCCAACAUCAUCAAGCGCGACGUGCCCCGCAUGGUGGUGGAGGAGUGCGGCUGCGCGUAACCGGGAGCCCCCUCACCCCCAGGGAGCCCCCCGCCCCCCUUCACCCCCGGGGGGCGUGUGAUGGUUGACUGUGAUCGGCGCGCCCACGCUAUGCCUUGCCCGGGCGCCAAAGUGUUCCUGUAACGGGACGAACUUCGGAUAUAGUCUGAUCUGUGAUCAUAACUUUAAGCCAAGUUGUCGUUGUGUUGUUGUUAUUGUUGUUCUUGUUGUACAGACUGUCGAGUGUGCGUCCCCCUCCCUACCCCUCCCCCUGUGCGUCCCCUGUGGUCGCUGUACCCCGUCUGCUCCGCCCCCUUCCCGCCUCCCCCUGUUCCCGAACAUGCAACGGUCCUCAUGGGGACACUGGAGGGUCAUGACCCUUGACCCUGAGUUCAUGCCCUGCGUUCCCAUGCCCAGGACGAGCAGCAUGUGCCCAGCAGAUGCUCACUCGUCAGCAUACCGCCCCAUAACCUAGGGAACCCAGACAUGCGACGACCGCCCCUUCACAUUAACACUGCCCCUUUGACCCUAGGUCAUUAUACUCGCACCCCGCUUCGUGGUCGUGACCCCGCCCACCGCCCUCUCCUCUAUGUAAGCUCACGCGCCCCGCCCGUACGGCCUGCGCCCGCCCACAUGUUCUACUAUCCGCCCGCCGCUCAUGCAUCCGCCCAAUACAUAUGUGUCCGCCCACCAGCCUGUGUUCACACGUCCGCCCACCACCCUCUGUCCGCCCGUCACUUUCGCCUUGCGCAGUGUCUCCCGCCCUUAUCACGCCCACCUACGACCUUCUGUUGUCACGACUGCGUGGCCUUUCCCCACCACGACCAAGCGUGAGCGUUGAGAGCACGGCCGCCAGAAGGGCACGAGGGAUACGGGGUCGUCACGCUUCCAAGCUGAGACUCGCAGCUCCUCUCCACGCCACCUCCUCCCUCCCUCGGGCCCCACGCGCAGGCCCGCUCUGCCCUUCCCGGGCCCUCCCGCGGCCACGCCAGGGCUCCGGGCCUGCGCAGCGCCCCUUCGGCCCAGCUGCCAGUAGGACCAUCUUGGAGCUCCCGCCCGUGAGCCUACGUUGCCUUACAGCCACCCAGAGAAGCUGUUCUGUUCAUUGCAAGGCCUCCCGCUGCCGUUUAGUCUGCACGCCAAAAGUGCAUCAUUGUAGGCCUAUUAUUACCGAGACCUUCGGUAGCCGCUCUCUGCGGGACAAACAUUCUGUAGGCCUUUCACCUGGCAGCUUUGUUCUUUAGGCCUUUGACUCCGCCCCAAAUUCGCGACUUGCAGGUGAAAGCUCAGGUACAGGUGCAAGCGCCAUGAUGUCGGAACAGGCACAGAAGCAGAUGGCCCGAGGAGCCGCCUGGGAACGCGAACCGGCCCAAUCCUUGACCGACGGCGAGGUCCUCCGACGGCCGCAGCCAGGACAUGUAGUGACCCUUCGCGCCGCAUCCUGGGGGCUCAAGCAGACAGACAUCCUUCAAGCAGGCGAACGCAAGCACACAACCCGGACAGCAAGCGAACUCGCUCAAGGCAAGCGCGGCGUUGGGAGAGGCUGGAGGUGUGGCCGGGGCUUCUGCCUCUGUGUGAUAAUAAGUGUAAAGAUAUUCAGAAAUAUUCAUGACAGGUGUGACCCGAGGUGUGCUCAUGUGGUGUACCGAAGCGCAAUAUGAAGUGUCAGCGGGUGCUAUUUGUACCACAGGAGGCUGCUGGUGCUAUCUACGUACCAAGUAAGGCCAGCUGGUGCUGUAUAUGUACCACAUGAGGUCAGCUGGUAUUUUAUGUACCACUGUGAGGCCAGCUGGUGCUAUGUGUACCGUGAGACAAUGUGACAUGCUACAUUCCAUUACCCUACAUUGCAUUUAUUAUGCGCAUAGAUUGAUAUGUUCAUUAUUUAAAACCUUUCAAAAAAAGACUAGAAUGUCUUUCAGCAAGACAAAAACAGAAAAAAUGAGCAGUUGUGAACGAAUGACUGAAGCAAAAAACUGUGGAAAACGGUGUCAAAAGUGACCUCAAAGAGCAGUGGUUCUUCAUAGCCUGCACACCUUCCGCGCUUCCUUGCCUUCAUCUGUGUCAGACACGAGGAUAGAAGCCAAGUGCAGGCUGCCCCUCCCCACUGUACCCCCUCCUCUCUCCCCCUUCCCCCAAUUUGCACCACAUCAAAGCUGACCCCCCCCCACCCCCCGCAUUUCCCACCCCCCCACAGCCCCCCGAAGGCCUCUGGGGAUCGGCAGGACCUCGAAGGACUGCCCGAGCCACCAGAGUGCCCCGAGCUCUGCACACAAGCUAGUGCCGGCACCACUGCGUUCUACACUCCACCAACCUAUAGCAUUAUUCCCGUUAUACAGUGGUGUGUGUGUGUGAGACUAUGAAACAAUAUAGCUUUUGAUGUGUGAAUAUUGACAAAAAAAUGUGUUCUUUAUGGUUAAUUCAUUUCGUGUAUGGACGCCAUACAUCCAUUCAAUAUAAGUGAGACGGACACUUUUUCAUUGGGCUUUGUGUUCAGGAGACAAAGGAGAUUCAUUUCGUCAAUGACAAAGAUGAGAUCAUUAUUUCAUUUCUGAAAAAAAAGAAAACUGUGACUUGCCUUUUUGCUUUUUACCUUAACACCGUUUUAUUUACAUAAGAGAAAUAUUAUAUGGGUUGGUGGCUAUCAGCAAGAUAAAUAUAUACACAUAUAUACAGAGAAAAAAAAUAAUAAAAAAAUAGGGUUUGGGCACCAUUGUAAAACUGCAGAGGUUGAAGCGCUUUGAAGGAUCGCUGCCUUGGUACUUAUGUAUAUAUAGGCAGAGAUUUUAGAAUUUAAAAAAUAGGAUGUUCCCAUGCCGUAUGGCCGCUGUUUAGAGGCUCCGAUUUCCUUCUUUAGGUACUGCAGUUAAGACAGACCACCAGUUUUUAUCAGUAAAAUCAAGAAUAUAUUUUAUGCAUUUUGUGUUUUUUAUUCAUGAUCAUCUCAAUUAUUAAAUGUGAUAAAUAUUUUUCCUAUGUGUCAUUACUAUAAUUAUGUUACUCCAUGUAGUUAAAUAAAUUUCAUAAUCUAG